AUGGCUCUGCUGUACAGAUUCGCGCAGCUGCCUGAUCGCAGUGGCACGCGGGUCUUCUCGUUCGUCGUCACCAGGAGUGUGGUACGCGACCCCGAAAGAGACGUCACCAGUAAGGAGCUCGUAUGCGGCUUCCAAAGAUGGUCCGUCGCGUUCUCGCGAGGAAACAAGAUUCUAGGCGCGUACCUAGUAUGGCGUGGUGCCUCGAGGAACCUGCGUGUGUACGUGGACUUCACGUUCACCCUGUUGAACCGCGAGCACUUCUCGAAGAACGAGGGAUUCUCCGGGCGGCGCGUGAAAUUCACGUACGAGGCGCCUGCACAGGGCAACCGCAACUACAUCGCCGUAUCGGACCUCUACAAUCGGAACUUCGCCGACACGAACGGCGAGUUUCAGCUGGAGUUAACCAUGGCGAACGUGAAAACGGUGUACAUGACCGAUCUGAAGAUGCCAAGCAGCACGUUUCCAGCUGGACAAUCCAAGCAGAAUAAACUGGAGACCGAUUAUUUCGCGUUCGGUGGUUUCGAUUGGAACUUGGUCAUCUAUCCGCAUGGAAACAAAGAGUUGGAGGGUUAUCGUGGGCACGACGGCGGGAUUAGCGUGUAUCUGAUGAGAAUGAGCGGCUUCGAUCAUCGUUGUAGAGUGAGAUACAGCGUGACUUUGGGCGAGGGAGAUCGUAGAAUUAAUUCCGGACAGAUCGAGGACCUGUCUGACGCUGAAGGAUGCGGUUUCGGAUGGCAUCCUCGUGUCAGAUGGUCCGAUAUAGCGCACAAAGGCGUGGUUAGAGUGUACCUAGAGAUGGUAGAAGUUAGGACCAUCUGUGAAGUUGCUGUUCAAGCGAGAGGACCGUCGAAUCUGCCAGCUACGCCGUUCUACGACCGGGACAAACGAGCUUGGACGAUCAGAGCUGAUCUACACUCGGACACAGUCAGGCUUCAUUUGGUCUACAAGGAUAUUCACAACGUUCCGCAGAAUCAUUUGAGGUACGUCAGCUGGUCAGCCUAUCUCCUCCGCGACGAGGAGCCUACCCCGGUCGCGAUCAGUCUCCCAGGUGCCCCGUUCAGCCGUUACUACGCCCAGGAAUCCGUGGACGAGGGUAUAAUAAUGGAGACGAAUCUCGACACGAACGAGGUGAAAGAGAAUCACUGUCCGUUCCUAACGGACAAAGGACAACUGAGGAUCCGGCUGGAAUGGAACGAGAGUCACUUGCUGUUCCAGGCGACCUACCACAAAUACGACGACGUGUGUCGUAUCCACAACGAACAGAUGAGACGAGAGAUCACUUCGUUGCAGGCGGAGAAUCUCAGUUUGGAGAGGCAGUUGUUCAGUUAUCAGAAGAGUCUCGCUUACACGCAGGCGCAGCAACAGCAACAGCAACAGCAUCAGAAUCAACAGCAUCACGGUGGCCAUCAGGCGCACCUAGAGAGAUCAGCGUCCACAGACACCGAAUACGCCUGACAAAUGGAACAGA